AUGGUUUGGUCGAACGGGAGCGCGAGCUGCGGAUCCCUGAUGAACGUGUCGGACCCCGGCGCUGCGCGCGGCUCCCCUGCCAGCCUGAGCCCGCGCGGACACUCCGUGGUGGCCGCCUGCCUGGGGCUCAUCUCCAGCUUCGGCAUGCUGAGCAACCUGCUCGCGCUGGUGCUGUUCGGGCGGCACCGCGCGCUCCGCUCUCCCAUCAACCUGCUGCUCGUGAACAUCUGCCUCAGCGACCUGCUCGUGUGCGCGCUCGCUACGCCGCUCAGCCUCGCCGCCAGCGCGCGCGGACGCUGGCUCGCCGGACGCACCGCGUGCGUGUGGUACGGAUUCGCCAACUCGCUCUUCGGCAUUGUGUCGCUCAUCUCACUGGCCGUCCUUUCCUAUGAGCGUUACUGUACCAUGAUGUGCCCGGCCGAGCCUGACGUCACAAACUACAGGAAGGUCAUCUUGGGAGUCCUGCUGUCCUGGGUCUACUCCCUCGUCUGGACUCUGCCGCCGUUUUUCGGUUGGAGUCGCUACGGACCCGAGGGACCCGGAACCACCUGCUCGGUUGACUGGACAACCAAGACGACCAACAACAUCUCGUACAUCAUCUGCCUCUUCAUCUUCUGCCUCAUCCUCCCAUUCCUCAUCAUUGUCUACUCUUAUGGGAAGCUGCUACACGCGGUAAAACAGGUGAGCGGCUUGAAGUCGUCCACCGUCCGAAAGCGGGAGCACCACGUCCUCCUCAUGGUCAUCACUAUGGUGGUGUGUUACCUGCUCUGCUGGCUGCCGUAUGGCAUCAUGGCGCUGCUGGCUACGUUCGGGGCGCCGGGUCUGGUGACGGCCGAGGCUAGCAUCGUGCCCUCGCUCCUGGCCAAGACCAGCACCGUCAUCAACCCCGUCAUCUACAUCUUCAUGAACAAGCAGUUCAACAGAUGUUUCCGUGCAUUUCUCAAAUGCGAAACACGCCAGCAAGGCUCCGGUCUGAAGAGCUGCUCGAAAGCGAACAAGCUCAUGAGACGCACCGACAACAACCUGACGUUCGUGGCUGCGUCAGUGGAUCAGAGAUCGGCAGCGCCCAGUACAUCAAAGAGCAACAAGGAGGCUGGAUAGAGAGACUCGGCCCAACCGCUGGCGCCGUCCCUGCUGGCUCGUUACAGCGGCUGAGGGUACGACACGAGACGAUGUGGCACGAGGCGAUGAUG